UACAAAAUCACAUACUCUUUUUACAUGGUUUGCUUUUUGAUGAGAGAAGGAAGGAAAGUAAUUUUUUAUUUUUUUUUUCAUUUGAGACUUUGUUAAAAGGCAGAAUUAUUAGUAAUAAUACAAUAAAGAAAGAUGAAAUUUUUUUAAAAAAAUUUCUUUGUUUCUGGGGUUUGAGAAGAGAACAAAAGAAAAGACAGAAAGUGCACGUCAGAGUUAGCCGUAGGGUGGUCUCUUUCUUUCUUUCUUUCUUGUGGAGAGGAUUACAGAGAGGAUUCCCUCUUCUCGUCCAAAUCUCAUUCUCUUUCUUAACAGUUGUAAGAAAUUUGGUCCAGUUUUAUUUGUUCUUAUAUGCAUGUUUAUUAUUGGAUUUUCUUGAUUUUAGCAAGUUAAUUGUAUAUCUAUUGGAAACUUGAAUGAAAAAAAAAACAGUCUUCUUUCUUUCUCAUUUUCUUUUGGGGUUUGGAAAAAACAAGAUUUGUUUGUUGGGUUGAUGCCAAAGGAAGAAGAAACCACAAGACUGGAGAGGUAGUAGCUGAAGUUGGUAGAUUAGCUUGAAGAGGGAGACGAAAGAGAUCAAGAUUAUGAUGAUGAAAGAUUUAAUGAAUCAACAAGCUCAAGUACCUGGUGUUGUUAUGGAGGAGAACAUGUCCAAUUUAACUUCUGCAUCUGGUGAAGCAAGUGUAUCUUCUUCGAACCGAAAUGAUAAUAAUAAUAAUAAUAAUAAUAAUAUUUAUCCUCAUCAUCAGUAUAACUUUGCUCCUCCAAAUCAACAAACUCAACCUGCACAACAAAUCAAGAAGAAGAGAAAUCAACCAGGCAAUCCAGACCCAGAAGCUGAAGUGAUAGCUUUGUCACCAAAGACACUAAUGGCAACCAAUAGAUUUGUUUGUGAAAUCUGUAACAAAGGAUUUCAAAGAGAUCAGAACCUGCAGCUUCACAGAAGAGGACACAACUUGCCAUGGAAGCUCAAGCAAAGAACAAGCAAAGAAAUAAGAAAAAAAGUGUAUGUUUGCCCAGAAACUAGCUGUGUUCAUCAUGACCCAGCAAGAGCUCUGGGAGAUCUCACUGGAAUCAAAAAACACUUCUGUAGAAAACAUGGAGAGAAGAAGUGGAAAUGUGAGAAAUGUUCAAAGCGUUAUGCAGUUCAAUCUGACUGGAAAGCUCACUCCAAAACUUGUGGUACCAAAGAGUAUAGAUGCGACUGUGGAACGCUUUUUUCAAGGAGGGAUAGUUUCAUAACUCACAGAGCAUUUUGCGAUGCUUUAGCGGAAGAGAGUGCAAGAGCGAUAACAGCAAAUCCAAUUCUGCCGUCUCAAGCUGGUUCUUCCACAUCUCAAAUGAAUUUUCAGUUUCAACCAUUUAACCACGAAAUUCCAGUUACAUUUUCCUUGAAGAAAGAGCAACAAACUGGUUUCAACUUGAGGCCUGAGAUUCCGCCAUGGCUAUUGGUUGGAGGUGGUGGUGGUCCUGGUCCUGGACCUGGUCCUCCACAACCACAACCUAUUGACCUAAGUUCAUCGAUCUUCCAAUCAUCUAGGUUCAGUGAUCAGGACUACACGCAGAGCCACCAACACCACCAACAAGGCUUUAUGAACCCUAACCCUAGUCUAUCCGGACCUACAUCUGGAGCGAUGGCCUCUCCACAUAUUUCUGCAACUGCGUUGUUGCAGAAGGCAGCGCAGAUGGGUGCGACCAUGAGUAACAAAGCGAGUACUGUUUCUGCAGUUUCAUCAGGCCCAGGCCCAGCCAUGCUGAUGAGACCCCACCAAAUUCACGUGUCUGCUACUGCUACUGCUGCUGAGUCUGUUAGCAACGCAACAGAUUUUGGACUCAAUUUGUCUUCACGUGAAGACCUCCCCACUGGUUUCUUCAAUAGCUUGGCUUCAUAUGGGAAUAAAGCUGCUAAUCCCUCUGCAGUUAUUACUCCUGUUACAAUCCCAUUAUCAACCGCACCUCAUCCCACUCCUUCUACUCUUCAGGAUAUGAUGAAUUCUUUCUCAUCCGUUAAUCCUACCGGAUUCGAAGGAUCAAAUUUCGAAGAUCCAUUUAGCAUUUUGAAUCCCAAAAACAACAAUGGCAGCGGUAACGAUGAUAUGACCAAAGAUUUCUUAGGCUUAAGACCUCUUUCUCAUAGCGACAUUUUCAACAUAGCUGGUCUAGUUAAUAGCACUCCGAACGAAACUCAAUCACAAAAUCACAAAACAUGGCAAAGUUAAGUACAAUUAAACCGCAAAAUGCAGGUUCUUUUUCUCCCCUUUCUAGUCAAUUAUGUCUGUUAUUGUUAGAUCUGUAUUACUAGUAUGCUCUUCUUUUUUUUCUCAGAAUAAAGAGAUAGCUAGCUAGAACUGGGAAGAAAAACCCUAGCCUAGAUAGUCUCUUUUGUUGUUACCCAGCUGUUAUGGAUAGUGACAUUUUUAUACAAAAAUAGUGCAUUCUCAAGCACUCGGAUGAGUAAAAAUUAAAUUCAUGGAAGAAUUUUUGUCUUUAGAGCA